ACUUUCAAACUUCACUCAGUUUUAAUCAAAGCUUCUAUGGCUUCAAUGUUGCAUUUCAUUAUUCUGCUCGGUUCUUUAAUGGUUGCUUCUGCCGGUAGCUUGAACGAAAAUUUUGAUAUUACUUGGGGAGAUGGCCGUGGUAAGAUGAUCAACAAUGGGAACCUUCUUACUUUGUCUCUUGACAAAGCCUCUGGCUCCGGCUUCCAGUCCAAGAAUGAGUAUCUAUUUGGCAAGAUUGAUAUGCAGGUCAAGCUUGUCGCUGGAAACUCUGCUGGCACUGUCACUGCUUAUUAUUUGUCCUCAAAAGGGUCUACAUGGGAUGAGAUAGACUUCGAGUUCUUGGGAAAUUUGAGUGGUGAUCCUUACAUUCUUCACACUAAUGUGUUCAGUCAAGGAAAGGGUAACAGAGAGCAACAAUUCUAUCUCUGGUUCGACCCGACUGCUGAUUUUCACACGUAUUCCAUUCUCUGGAAUCCACAGCGCAUUGUCUUCUUUGUCGAUGGCACUCCUAUAAGAGAGUUCAAUAACUCAGAGUCAAUGGGUGUUCCAUUCCCAAAAAAUCAGCCAAUGAAAAUAUAUUCUUCACUCUGGAAUGCUGAUGACUGGGCUACUAGAGGUGGACUUGUGAAGACUGAUUGGACUCAAGCUCCUUUCACUGCUUCCUACAGAAACUUCAAAGCUGAUGCUUGUAUUUGGUCUAAGGGAAAAUCUACUUGCAAUUCAAAAGCACCUUCAUCUUCAUCCAGAAAUGGUGCCUGGCUUACUCAAGAGCUUGACUCAACAAGUCAAGAAAGACUGAAGUGGGUUCAGAAGAACUACAUGAUAUACGAUUAUUGCAGCGACACAAAGAGAUUUCCCCAGGGCCUCCCUGCGGAAUGCAGAUCAACCAAAUAAAAUUAAUUUUGUUCAUAGUUUGUUUUAGUCAUUGUGACUAGCAGAGUCCAAUUCUUUCAUUCUUUCAAAUCUUAAAUUCUUGUAAUAUAAGCAAAUUGUAAUUCUGUUUUGAGUUAAAGAGUUAUGUACUAAUUAUGUUCACUUGUCCAA